GCUGUCUCCAUGGUGACGAUGUGGUGGGGUUAGUGUUGUGAAUGAGCCGGUAGUGCAGGAGCUGAGCCUGAGAGUGAGAAGGCGGUAGGAGCUCAGGCCGGGACCGACAGCCGUACCCCAGCACGGUGUCCGCCGCAGACAGGCGAAGUCAUGAGCCAGCCACGGAGCGGCUUGCUGUCCACCAUCCAGACCCGGGUCUGCACCGACAACUUCAAUAACUGCUACACGCUGGUGGGCAAAGAGCUCGGCAGAGGUAAAUUUGCAGUCGUAAAAAAAUGUAUUGAAAAGGCUACAAGGAAGGAAUAUGCUGCCAAAUUCAUGAGGAAAAGAAGGAAGGGUCAAGACUGCCGAAUGGAAAUUAUUCAUGAGAUUGCAGCCUUAGAAUUGGCUGAGUCCAGUCCUUGGGUCAUCAACCUGUAUGAAGUGUACGAAACAGCAUCAGAAAUGAUUCUAGUUUUGGAAUAUGCUGCUGGAGGUGAAAUUUUCAACCAAUGUGUAGCUGAGAGGGAAGAAGCCUUCAAAGAAAAAGAUGUCAAACGGCUUAUGAGGCAGAUAUUAGAGGGUGUGGCUUUCUUGCAUCGAAACAACAUCGUCCACCUUGAUUUGAAACCACAAAAUAUCCUUCUGACGAGUGUGUCACCUCUGGGAGAUAUAAAGAUAGUUGACUUUGGCCUUUCACGACAAGUCAAUGAUAAUGAAGAGCUUAGAGAAAUUAUGGGGACACCUGAAUAUGUGGCUCCUGAAAUUUUAAAUUAUGAGCCAAUCAGCACAGCAACAGAUAUGUGGAGUAUAGGUGUCCUUGCGUAUGUGAUGCUAACAGGCAUUUCUCCUUUCCUGGGAGACGGCAAACAAGAAACUUUCCUCAACAUUUCCCAGUUAAAUCUCAGCUUUACAGAAGACGAUUUUGAGAAUAUCUCCAAACAGGCCAUAGACUUCAUCAAGACAUUGCUUGUUAAGGAGCCUGAAGAGCGAGCUUUAGCUGAGGAGUGCCUCAGGCAUCCAUGGUUGGCAUAUGAAUGUGAUGAAACAGAAUUUGUCACUGAAGCUUCAACCAACGCACUUGAAUCUACAGCUUUGGAAGAAUCAGAAGUGCAAAGCCAAGAAACGGAGGAGCUCAUUGUCAUGGCAUCGUACACAUUGGGACAGUGCAGACAGUCUGAGAAAGAAAACAUAAAAACUGACCAAAAAGCCAUCUCCAAACGCUUCAAAUUUGAGGAGCCAUUUAACACCUUACAGGAAAUUCCAGGAGAGUUUAUCUAUUGAUUUAUGAGAUGGGAAUACACACUACAUUUUAAAGAGUCUUUUAAAUAACGGACGACUCUGGCAAAACAGUUGUUUUGUGAGCCUCGGUUUCACUACAGAUGUUUGAAUAGAAAUGGUUUAAUGCCUAAAUGCCAAGCACUGUUGUGCCAUGCUUCUGAUACAGUAUGUGAACAAUGUUCAAAGUAAAACCAAGCAGAAGGCAAUAAGGGAUGGUGAUAAUUGAAACACUUUCCUUCAAUACAGAGCUGAUACUUAUUUCACAAAACAUGACUGGUAGAGCAUUAUUGGGAAUAUCCAAUCUAUUUGCACAAUUGGUGGCAGGGGGUGGGGGGGUAGAAGGAAGUAGAUGUAGAUUGAUCCUUUAAGCCAUUGUACUGUCAGCAAUAAAAUUAAAGUGUGCAGUUCUUGUGAAUAAUGCACUUUGACAUUUAGUUUGAUUCCUAAAAAUAUCUGUUCCCUAAAAUAUUACAGCAAGCUAUAGUUACAAAUAACACACAUUUGGGUUUUGUUUUGCUAACUAGAAUUAUUUGCUACAUUCCUUUUUAAGCAUGUAUGAAUUAAUUAUACAAAUCAAAGGUUAAUUUCUUCGACCUUUUCUUAAACUUGAUUGAUUUCACUUUUUUGAAUAAUUGUAUUGUAUUUGUAAUGUAUUUUUUAUGUUUGAGUAUUUCUGUGAUCAGAAUCAAAUGUGUAAAUUUCCCAGAAUAAGGUGAACUUGUUCAGGAAAAUUACUGCACAAUGGACAGUGAUAGAUGUUACUCUAUUGGUGCCUUACAGAUUUGAAAUUUAUAUGGUAUUCAUUAUGCACAGGACUGCAAAAUUAAUUUUGUUUAAUGUACAUUUUUAAUGAUAAUCUGGUUAACAGUAAACAAUGUUAGCUUUCUAAUUAAUUACAAAGCUACUAAAGUGACGCAUUUGAGAAUCCAUUUUUUUAAAAAAAACAUUAAAUUAUCCACAUCCCAGUAUGCAGUCAGCAGAAUAGAGGACCAUUAUCUUGCAACAAGCGACAGAGUCACUGAUCUCAAGGAAAUAGAAUGAGUUCAAUAGUUAAAGAACAGAACUAAGUUCUGGGCAGUAUCUUAUGGUUGUGCCAGGUUAUUAUAUUUAGUAUUUUUCACCAAUUUAAAAAAGUCUACAGCACAAAAAUGUACAUUUUCACAAGACAAAAUCUCCAUUUUUAAAAAAAAUCUCAGGGAUCCCUGAAUAUUGCCGUAUAUUUUAAUUAUGAUUUUUUUACUAAGUAAAUUUUUUUUCUUAAUCUUAGUCUUGCUUCUUAAAUUCAUGCUGCACCCAUUUUCUGUGAUUUCUUUCCCCACCCCUCAAUAAAUUACUGCACAAUUAAUGUAAAUAUUAACUUUUUGGUUAAAAUACGUAUUACUGGCCUUUUAAGGGCUAAUGAGAUGGUAAUAGAUGAAAGCGAUGCAAAGCUGCUUCUCGGCCUUGAAGUGGCUUAACCCAGUCACCAGAAUUGAUUUGAAAAUGGUGCUAAAUGGAACACAACUUCAGCUAACCGAACAAGCCUGUAGCUACUAAAGAUCUUUUUUCUUGUUUCUGCAUCUAAAAUGUUAGCCAGUAUUCUUGACAUAAAUUUCUUUCUGGUGAGUUUGAGGUUUCCAUUGCCAUGUUUUCAUAAUUACACAGUAAAAUCUAAUUUUCUCCAGUGGAUCUUUAUUUUAAGCCUAACUUUUGACAGUGUUACCUUUGUGUUCAGAAGUAUGCUGUAAACUUAACAACUGCUAGCCAAUCCUUUUACCCGCAGUGAUAUUUGGGGCGGGGGGGGGGGGGUUGUAUCUUUAUGAUAAAGGUGUACAUAUUCCUUUAAUAAACAUAUCUGUCUGCUUAUUGAUUUGUGCUUAAGUAUAAUUACUGAGUCAAUAAUCUUCAAAUUUUAGAGAUUGGGACUAUCAGUUACACAAAUUUAAACAUUGCUGCAAGCCAAAGAUGACUUGUUGCUUAGCAUCAUGUAUAAUUAGUCUAUAGCCUACAAAAUACAAGCAUUCAUUAUUUAAUAAUCAAUGGUGUUUACUAAUUUGAGACAAUAGAAUUUCUUUUAAAUAAUAUUUGCAUUGUCCACAACUUCACCUAGUUACACUGAAACAGAGAAAGUAGGAGCAGAAGUAGUCCAUUUAGCUCUUUACAGCCUGCUUAAAUAUUCAUUAUGACUAUGGCUGAUCAUCCAACUGAACAUCCUGUUCCUGCUUUACCCCCAUAUCAUUUGAUCCCUUUAACUCUAAGUGCUAGAUCCAAAAACUACUUGACAACAUAAUGUUUUGGCCUCAAAUACUUUCUGUGGAACAGAAUUCCAUAAGUUCACUACUCUCUGGAUGAAGAAAUUUCUCAUGUCAGACAUAAAUGAUUUACCCGGUAUCCCUGAUUCUGGACUCCCCCAUCCCCCCCCACCAAAGGACACAUUCUUCUUGCAUCUACCCUGUCUAGUCCUGUGAGAUUUUUACAUCUUUCUAAGAGAACGUCCCUCAUUCUUCCAAUCUCCAGCAAUUAUGAUCUUAAUUGAAUCUCUCCUCAUGAUCAGUCCCACCAUCCAAGAAAUCAAUCUGGUGAACCUUCAUUACACUCCCUUUAGAGCAAGAACAUUCUUCCUCAGAUAAGGACAUAAAACUUGCACACAAUAUUCCAGGUCCGAUCUCACCAAGGUCCUGUACAAUUGCAGCACACCAGCCCUGCACCUGUACUUGAAUUCUCUUGCUAUGAUGGUCAACAUACAAUUUGCCUACUUUAUGCAGCUGUAGGCUUACCUUCAGUGACUGAUGCCCAGGUUUCAUUGGAUAUAAAUUGAGAUGGGGAAUGUGCAAUUUGACAAUAAUCUGCCUUCCCGUUUUUGCUACCAAAGCUCACAUUUAUCCACAUUAUACUACAUUUGGCACGUGGAAGUUGCCUGAAACAUCUCUACAUCCUCCUCACAGCUUCCCCCUCCCACCAAGCUUGGUGUCAUCUGCAAAUUUGGAGAUAUUACAUUUAGUUCUAUCAUCCAACUCAUUAAUAUAUAUUGUGUAUAGCUGGGGUCUUAGCAUUGAUCCAUGAGAUACCCCACUAGUCACUACCUGCCAUUUGGAAAAAGACCCAUUUAUUCCUACUCAUUGUUUCUUGUUUGCCAACUAGUUUUCUGUCCAUCUUAAUACACUACUCCCAACACCAUGUACUUUAAUUUUACACAUUAAUCUCUUAGUUGGGACUUUGUAGAAAGCCUUCUGAAAGUCCUAAUAAACCACAUCCAAUGGCUUCCUCUCAAUCCAAGUGCACAAUUUUCAUUCCCCCCUUUCCUCAAUUUAUUAUCUAAAUAGGAAUAAGAAUUAUGUUUGUAAACUUUUCACUGCACUCAUGGGACAAUAAAGUCACCACCUAUGGUGCCAUCUUAGGUACAAAAGAACCUUAGUACAGGAUCUUAGAAAUAAAUUUUAAAAAAACAAAAUUAAAGAAGUUCAGCAUUUAAGUCCUUUGUGCCAUCUUAGGUUCCAGUACCUAGGUACAAAAUUUUAGGAAUACAUUUUUUUUCUAAUUUAUUCCUAAAAGUAUGUACCUAGGUACCUUGUGUGCUAUUCCAUAGGAAAAGCACUGGAGCACUGGCCAUUUUCAAAAAUGUAUGCAGAUAUAGAAGUGUUCCUUGAUCUUGACAAUUGAACAAUGUAUUGAAACUGGAGUCCUUCAGUUCUGCUACUUCUUUAUCCUGGAAUUUAUUUAUUUAUUCCAAUCAACGAAAUGAAAAUCACCAGUGAUGUAAAAUAGGCAGUAAACUAACACUGGCCAUUUUAUACUCAACCAGUUAAAAGGAGUGUCCUCCUUUCUUUUCCCACGUCACCUGGUGCAUGCUCACUAUACCUUUGAUCGAGAUUUCAAUGUUGGCUCUCUGUUAACUAAGGUUGAGUCUGGUAUAACAAGGUGUAGAGCUGGAUGAACACAGCAGGGUAUGUUGACAUCACACGUGACCAAUUUCCACUGUCUACUGCUGCUGUACAAUUUCCAGCCCUAUAAAAUUAAUGCCGGAUUGAAAGGCCUGUUUACCUACUCCAGUUUGCUUCAGCAAAAAAAAAAAGACUGCAGAUCUUCAGUUCUGAGUAAUAAAGCGCAUCAAUUUCAGGUUGAUACUGAUGAAUCCUCUGUACAGAGAACAAAUAUCACUAGCAAAAUUUACCUCAUUUCCAAGGGCACCUCAUCAGGGAGCCAUUUUGUCCUUUGUCUGGCAGGCUCAGCAGUGUCCACUGCUAUUGAUGAACUGCAACUGCUGCUGAGGUGCUAGCCCUCU